UCAGGAAAGAAACCUUUGAUCUGAAUUUGUUUCUCGCGAGAGAGAGAGAGAGAGAGAAAAAAAAGGAGAGUGAGGAAAGAUGGCCCUUGCUGAGUCCGUUGUCGAGGUCCUUCUGGAAAAGCUCGCUGACCAGCUCAUUCAAGAAGCCGAGUUCUUACAUGGGGUUCGCAAUGAAGUCGAAUUGCUCGACGCAGAAUUUAGGCGGAUGCUAUGUUUCUUGAAAGAUGCAGACGCCAAACAAGGAAGAGAUGAAAGGGUGAAGAACUGGGUGCGGGACGUGAGGGAUGUUGCAUACGAUGCUGAGGAUGUCAUCGAUACCUUUCUCUUCAAGGUAGCAGCCUUGAAGCGAAGAGGAUUUAUGGGCCGGAUUAGAAGGUACGCUUUCGUCUUCAAUGAGUUGAUGACUCUCCAUAAGGUGGGUUCUGAGAUUGAACGGAUAAAGAAUAAAAUCCGUGCAAUCUUGGAAAGUAGGUUGGUUUAUGGAAUUGAAAAUAUAGGGCAGGGAGUAGGGACGAGCUCCGCUGGUCUAAACAUCCGAGAGUGGAGGCUCACUUCUCCUCUUUCUCAAGAACCAGAUUUUGUUGGCUUUGAGAAAGAUUUGAAGAUAUUGGUGGAUCAAUUGACAGAGGGAAAGCGCCGUUACGUUGUUUCUGUAGUCGGAAUGGGUGGUCUUGGUAAGACCACUCUUACCAAGAAAGUUUAUAACAACAGACAUGUUAAAACACAUUUUCAAUCUCGAGCAUGGAUUUCUAUAUCCCAAGAGUAUGGUGUAAAGGAUCUUCUUAUGAACAUCAUAAAUUGCUAUAUGGUGCUCUCAGAAGAGGAGCUCAAUAAAGUGGAGAAAAUGGACGUCUUUCAGCUGAGGCAUAAAAUUUCAGAGUAUUUGCAAGAGAAGAGAUACCUGAUGGUACUAGAUGAUAUAUGGACAAAUGAAGCUUGGGAUGCUCUCAAGGAUGCUUUCCCAGAUACAAACAACGGAAGUAGGGUCAUUGUUACCACUCGAAAGAAAGACGUAGCUUUACAUGCAGAUGCACAGAGCAUGCUGUAUGAAUUGCGAUUUUUUGAAACAGGAGAGAGUUGGGAAUUGUUUUGCAGGAAAACAUUCCCAGGAAAAGAUGAUGGUUGCCCUCAGGAAUUGGAGAAGUUAGGAAGAGAGAUUGUGGAAAAAUGCCAUGGUCUACCUCUUGCGAUCGAAGUCAUUGGCGGGCUCUUAUCUAGAAAAGAACCAUGGGAGUGGGAGAAUGUACGCAAGACCAUUAGCUGGCAAUUUGUCCAAGGCCAACCCCAAAUCUCUAAAAUAUUGUCUUUAAGUUAUAGAGAUCUGCCGUAUUACUUGAAACCAUGUUUUCUAUACUUGGGGAUUUUUCCAGAAGACUCUGAGUUCCUCGCUAAGAAACUUAUUCGAUUGUGGGCCGCAGAAGGGUUACUGCAGAGGAGAGGGGAUGAAACACUUGAGGAGAUGGGAGAAGAUUGUCUGAAAGAGUUGAUUCAGCGAAGCAUGAUUCAACUUGCAAAAAGAAAUUCAAGCGGGGGUAUUAAAAGUUGCCGUAUUCACGAUCUUUUGCGGGAUCUUUCCAUAUCAGAAGCAAAGGAAGAUAAGUUUCUCCAAGUUCAUCGUGAGAAGGGGGAUGCUCUAUCCGCAUUUACAGCCCGUCGACUUGCAAUUUACGAUAAUGCCUUAAGUGAGUGCACUAAUUUAAAAUCUUACAAUCCACGGCUUCGGUCUUUGCUGACCUACACCAAAGUUGAUGAGAAGUUUCCUUACACAGGCUUUAAAUUGCUCAGGGUGUUAGAUCUACACAAUGUAAGGAUAAAAAAGCUACCAAGUGGCAUAGGUGCACUGAUUCACUUGAGGUACCUCGGAUUUACCAACACUUUGUUAAAAAGGCUCCCAUCAUCGAUAGGCAAUCUUCACAAUUUACAAACACUAAUUGUAACAUCCCAUAAUGACAUCACUAUACCCAGCGUAAUGGGGAAGAUGCAGGAGUUAAGACAUGUCCAAGUGAAUUCUGUAUUUGGGAAUUAUGGUGUAUCUCCGGGUGUGAUAGAAGGGCAUCCACGACUCGACCGGAUUAGUAACCUGCAAACCCUGUCAUAUGUAGAAGCUGGCGAAUGGAUGAAGGGUUGCUUGGGAAAGCUUACGAAUCUUAGAAAACUAGGAAUAAUUUUAGAUAAUGGAGGAGCGUAUGCUGAGGUAUUGAAUGAAUCCAUUGUCAAAAUGGACUGCCUGAAGUCCUUGACUGUGAAGGGACACCAAUUCCCAUCGAAAUUUCCUUUUACACAUCUUCUCAGUUUAAGAAAGUUGCGUUUGCAUGGAAUGUUACUGGAGUCUACUGAAUUCCCAACAAUCCUCACCAAGCUUACCUUAGCAUACUCCCAUUUAAAUCAAGACCCACUGAUAAUGUUGGAGAAGCUGAAAAACCUUCGGAUUCUCUCAUUGCUCGAUGCGUCAUACGAAGGAGUGGAGAUGGCUUGCUCUUCACAGGGGUUUCCUCUACUCGAAUCCUUGCGUCUUCAAUGCUUACGUCAAUUAAAGGAGUGGAGAGUGGAGGAAGGAGCUAUGCCAAGCCUUUUACAUUUAGGGAUCAGUGACUGCCGGCAAUUGAAGAAGCUUCCAGAUGGACUGCAACACGUUACUACCCUCAAGGAAUUGGAGUUGUUGGGGAUGCCCGAUGAAUUCAAAGAAAGGCUUCGAGUAGACAGGGGCGAAGAUUGGCAUAAUUUUCGGCACAUACCUUCCAUUAGCAUAUCCCAUAAACGAUACAUUUGUUGGUGAUCUACAGAUUAGGUGCUUCGAUCUGUAAGAUUUUUGGAGUGUGUUCCAUCUAUGGUGGAGCCUAUCGAAUCCAAGUUUGAAUCUCUGAACUGCUGGUCCCACUUGUAAUGUGCAUCAAGACACUUUAACCAUUUGCACUAUGCAGUUAUACUUCCUGUUUAUCCACGACUAGUUUUUAAAGCUAGGUAUGUGCUUUGACUUCUUUUAUAGAUUUAACCAACCAAAUUCUAGCUUAACUUUCAGAUUUUUAUCAUAAAUUGAUAUCUAUAUCUUUUCUCAUAGAAGAGAGAUUGCAAUGACGUGCACAUGCGAAGUGACUAGAUGGAGUGAAGAAUGGUGAAAUGGUGACUAGAUGGUGAUGAGAUGUUUGGAUGAUAUUUUACAAUUGUGACCUGAGGAUUGAUGUAUUUUUUGUUACAAAUCUUUCAAUGUGCUACCAUGUGCUAAUAUCUGUUAUAUGUUUUGUACUUCAAUUCGUGUAAACAUUUCAUUUAGUAUUGGAUUUAUUUCACUUUAUGCAUUGUUUGCUUGUAAUAUGCUAGUUGAAAAUUGAAAUAGAAAGCAAUUUCUUUACAGUGUAGGCCUAGGAGGGCUUCCGCCAUAUUUCUUUUUUUAGGUAUCAUACCAUGCAUAACUAACAAUUCCUAAAGUGAACCCAGAUUAAGGAGUGAAACAACCUAUUUUUUAUGCAGGAAGAUCUAAUCACUAUUGCUCACCUUUAUUCAUGGUGGGAACAUCAAUGCUCUGCCUGCAUCUAGGUCCUGUCAAAUUGCAUUUCAUUACAAUGCCACAAGCAAGUACACUUCCUUUCAUGAUAAUGCCACAAGCAAGUACACUUCCUUAAAUUGCUCCACUCAGCACCUUUGUUCAGUUCUGUUCACCCCCGAAGAUGAAGGCUGGCUUGAAAAUGAGCAGGAGAAGUUUCUUUACAGCGGCUUUAAAUUGCUUAUGGUUUGUAAGUACACUUCCUUAAAUUGCUCCACUCAGCACCUUUGUUCAGUUCUGUUCGCUCCCGAAGAUGAAGGCUGGCUUGAAAAUGAGCAGGAGAAGUUUCUUUACAGAGCCUUUAAAUUGAUUAUGGUUUUAUAUCUAAAGGAUUUGCCAGUAGAAAAGGUAGCAAGUGAGAUAGGUCAUGGGUGAGCUAAUCCAUGUGAGAUACCUCGGUUGUACAAAUGCUGGAUUAAAAAGCCUCCCAUCAAUAGGCAAUCAUCACAAUUUACAAAAUCUAUUUUUAACAUCCGUUUAUCACAUCUAAAUACCCGUCACAAUUGAGAAUAUGCAACUGUUAAGACAUUUCCAUGUGAAGCAUACCUGGACUUCUUUGGGAGUGUAUCUUAUUGAAGGGUAUCCACGACCUGACCAGAUAAGUAACCUUCAGACUGUGAGAUAUGUAAUGGCCGGCAAUUGGAUCUACAGUUGCUUGCCAAAUCUGACCAAUCUUAGAAAAUUAGGAAUAUGUUUAGAGUUGGAAGCGUAUAUUGAGGUGUUGUAUGAAUCAAUUGCUAAAUUGGACAGCUUCCAGUCUUUGUUUGUGUCAUCAGGAAUACGACAGAGAAUUCCAACAUCGUUUACUCUUCAACAUCUUCUCAAGUUACGAAAAUUGUAUUUGCCUGGAAUGUAAGAGAAGCUAGCCGAGGGUUGUGAAUUCCCAACAAACCUCACCAAGCAUCCCUUGGAAUGGUCCCAUUUCGAACUCAGCCUCUCACUUUUCAGGUUGCAGUGUGAAUGGUAGCACAUCACUUUUCUGGUUUCAGUAACAGAUUUCAUUUAUACGAGAAUCUAUGUUGGCACCUGUGAGGUGACUUCAUAUCUAUAAUGUUUAUUAAUCUAUCUAAGUUUGGUUGUAAUAUAACUUUCAAAGUAGAAGCAAUUUUCCCUAAUCCAGGCUCGGGUUCCACCAAUGCUUGACUAGAGAGUUUCUAUAAUGCAAAUGAUCAAAGCUGCUUAUCAGUUACAGUCCAGUGUAUAACUACCCUGGUACAAAAUUCAGGCUACUCGGAUAAUGUGAUGGGACCAUCCAUGCAGCUUGAAUGUGGAUGUCAAUUUCCAUUGUCCAUGUCUAGGUCACCUGAUUUGUGGUUGGCCUGAUUCCUGGACCAAUGUAUUAUAAGUUUUAGGUGAGUUUUACUAGCUUCCCUAGACAAUUGAUGUAUAUUUUUUAACCCUCUGUUUGUAGGAUAUUUCUUGAGGGAUUGUGUGCUUUGAUUUGUAAGAAUUCAGGAGCAUCUUCCAUCCAAGGGAGGGCCAAUGAGACCAAUAGUUUGGAUCCUCCAACUGAGGCCUCAGCUGUAUGGACUGUGGCACCUGGACACUUAAGGCCGUCCUGUUUUAUUCUUAACGUAAGUAUACACUUUAAAUGCUUUUAAAGAUUUAAGCAAGCAAAUUCUGACAUGUAAUUAUCAAGUUUUUAAUCACGGAUUGAUUUCCAGCUCUUUCUUUCACAUGAUAGACCGUGAUGACACACACAUGAUGCAAUUGGACGGGUAAGGAGAAUGGUGGCAUGGGAAUCAAUAACCUUUCAAUGGUUUUUUUCCUCACUUUUGUAAUGAAGGGUGGUUCAAGAGAAAUAGAUAGUAUGGUCAGGUGAUUGUGGGAAGAAUUAAGGAUAAUCUUAUCCUUUCGGUGAUGAACCAUUACUUUCCUUGGCAUCUCUGUAGCACAUGGAGCGAGAUUUUGUGGUCCAAGCCAUUGUCCCUUGGAGAUGUUCUUAGGUGGCCUGAUCGAGAGGCUGCUAGUGGGUCUUCAUAUUUGAUGGUGAUGGGUGCAUGAUAAUUUGGAUGACAUUCCAAAUUGUAGCAUGAGUAUAGAUACCAGUAAAGUAAAGUUCCAUUGCAAUGAGUGUGGUGUUUGCAGAUAUUCAUGUCCAAUAUGCCAAGUCCAAGUAUUAGAAGAGAAUAGAUGAUGAGAAGGGAAAAUGCUGAUAGAAGAACAACUGGUCUGGGAAGCAAUCAUUGAAACAUCAGAUACUACUCUUGUAACAACAGAAUGGGCUAUGUAUGAACUUGCGAAAAACCCCAAGAAUCAGGACCGUCCAUACCAUGAGGCUGAGAUUGCAAUACUUGAUAUACAGCUGCGAAAGGGCUCAAAUACAAGAUAGUCAAAUCAUCCUUGAUCUUGGCUAUGGACAAGGACCAUUUACUUCACAUGUUGCUAUGAAGCAUAAAAAUUGUUGUUUUACAGUUGUUACCGACUUGAUCUCUCAGAAGGGCUUCAUAAAGGAGCAAUGCAAUGAUGUCUGAGAUUUUCAAGCCCAAUGGAAAUCAUGAAAUAUCAAUGGAGGAAGGAGUGAAUGGGAAUUUAUUUUUCCAAGUAAAGAUGGGGAUUCUUCUUUCACUGCUUUGAAAAACAGCAGAGGAUGGAGUUCUCAGUUCUCUGUGUCAUUCUUACAGAAGUUCCUGGAGCUUGUGGAGGCAAGCCGUGUGGCCAAGGAAGUCAAGCACCCAUUCAGGAACCUCCUCAAGCGACGCAACUGCCCACAGCUGAUUACUGCUGUGGUCAUGCAGAUCUUCCAGCAUUUCACAGGCAUUAAUGCCAUAAUGUUCUAUGUACCAGUCCUUUUCAACACUCUGGGGUUCAAGAACGAUGCUUCCCUCUACUCGGCCGUCAUCACAGGAGCUGUCAAUGUUGUCUCCACUACGGUCUUGAUCUAUGCUGUAGACAAGGUGGGCUGCAGGCUGCUCUUGCUGGAAGCAGGUGUUCAGAUGUUUUUCUCUCAGGUCCAAUCCCUUCAACCCUUUCACAGACGCCAAAUCUCAAAACUCUAUACCAGCGUUGUCCCGCUGCUGAUUUAUGCUGCUAUGGGGAGUUCAAUGGCUCCCGAGGGAGAGCCAUCGGUCCGGUUGCAGUAGUUUUGCUGCUGCUGUCUUCCAUUGUUCAGAAAGUAGUAUAUCCUUCUGCUGAUCCACUCGCCUACAGAAAGCUGGCUUUCACUGUAACUUUGUUCGCUGGUGUCUUCCAAUCAACAUUUGGACUGUGCAAGAUUGAGUCCAUUAAUCUGGCUUGUCAUUAAUCAGGCACGCAACACACGUAUGUGGAAUAUAAAAAUGUAUUUAUUUUUGCUCUAGCUGUCUGAGUCGGCCGGCCUGAUUUUGGGUACGUGCCCUAAUUUAUGGAUAGAUCAUAUCUUUCGCAUGUGUGCCAA